GUGAAGAUGAAAAUAACCUCUCAGUUUCCAGCAAUUCUGCCAAAAGUGACGUCAAAGUCAAGUCAAGCGCUCAAUUGAACAUGAGGGGGGUAUACUUGCAUGUUCUGGGGGACGCCCUUGGGUCUGUUAUUGUUAUAAUUAGCGCUUUGAUCAUCAAGUACGCCUCUGGUAAAUGGACAGUUUAUGUUGAUCCUGGUAUGAGUAUUCUGAUGGUCUGUCUUAUUCUGAAAAGUUCCAUUCCACUCAUGCGAGAGUCAUCAAUGAUCUUGCUUCAAACUGUUCCUACCCAUAUUAAAAUCAAAGAAGUGCAAGAUCGGCUGUUGGGUCAUGUAGAGGGUGUGUUAGGUGUUCAUGAAUUCCAUGUCUGGCAGUUGGCUGGAAAUAAAAUUAUCGGUGAGUUCUGAAUAUGACUGGUGAAUGAUCUGUAAUUGAUAAAAGUCUCUUCAGUUUUCGAUCACACAGAUGACGUCAAAAUGUGGCAAAAAUAAACUAGUGGCAAACAAGGCAAAAGCGAAUGUCUCUCUGAUAUUCUGACUAUAAAGUUUGGCGUCAAGAACAAAACACUAAGCGGGGUCCUCUGCAUGUUUUGUACCGGCGUCAUAACGAUAACAAUCUCUUCCCCAGAGUCCAGUCCGCUAGGGUAAGGGUAACGCGGUUUCUGGGAACAAGUUUUACGUCAUAAAUCAUUCUCACUUGUUAAAUAGGCCUCUUCCGAGUUCCAAAAACUCUCACUUUUAAAGUGGGGCCUUUUCACCUUUCUUGUCAAAAUGAGUUAUAUUUGCAUGAGAAUAAAAAAACAUUUCCAUAUCAGAGGCAGAGCACUUAAUCUAGUUUUGAAACAGAGGCCCUGGGGAACUCGUAAAUGGCCCUUUGCGCAUGCUCCCACUUUAAUAACUGCCAUUACGUAAUCCGCUUUUGGCGUUAAUUUUAGCUUCAGCCCAUAUCAGAUGCCGAUCUCCAGAUGAAUACAUGGGUAUUGCCAGCAAGAUGAAGGGAUUUUUUCACAACGAGGGUAUCCACUCUACUACGAUCCAACCCGAGUUUGUAACUGAUGGCAAAAAAGGUAAUGAAUGUGCCUUGGAAUGUGGGCAGGACAAGGUAUGCGCAGGAGAGAGAUGCUGUCCUGAGGAGUCUGGAACUGAACUAAGGAAACGUUCUCCACUGAAUCACGACGAAGGCACCAUAAAUCAUAGGUUCAAUAUGGUUUAGAUUUAGUUAUUUUCAAGGACUGUAUUCUCUUAAAGCCUCCAACAGAAUCAUUUAGAACACUUUUAUUUUAUCAUUCAGAUAUUGGAUUGUAAUUCUAGUUAGCGGUCAGGUAUCUGGAGGGUUGCUAUCAGCUCUGAUUUUCAGAUUUAGACAAAUCUCUUUUCCUAGAGAUGAAUGUACAGUCGAACGGUCCCGGCGGACGGUCUCGGCGGACACUCCGUACAUUGACUCUUAAUUAAACCUCUCUAAAACGGUAACGGCCGCUAUAUGGUAUCCCUAACUGCCAUUCUGCCAAAAUAACCUCUCGACAACGACCAGUUUUUUCAGCGAGUGAUGAAUAAGUCAAGAUUGGCCGUCAUGAAAUUUGAUACGUAGGCGCGUUGAUGACUGAUCGCGGCAAUUGUAUUCAUUGAUUGGGGUUAUACUGCUACAUGCAGUAAGAACAAAUUGUCUACGAUACUUGUUCGUUUUGUCACGUUAACAGUUGUUUCAAAACAUUAUUCAAGUUUUUUGUGUGUAUUUUAUCUCUCUAUAUAUUAUUUAUGAUUGAAUUACACUCUUUUUUUGUAAUAAUAUAUUUUAUAAGAAUAUCGAGGCUGAGAUUUAUGAAAAUUUAUGAAUAUUUUAAGAAUAAACCGAAGGCCGAGAUUUUGAAAAAACGGCAAAACUAGCCAACAACUAAAUCACAAAAACCUUUCACUAACUAUAAUUGACACUCCCAAACAUUCUUAAACGGAAAUGUCAUAAGCUAUAAUUUAAGAAUAAUACAAAUUAUAUUUUCAGUCUUAAAUCAUGUAGCAGAAAAAUAAGAAUAUUCAGCAUGGGCCGGAAAAACAACAUUCUUAUUGAAAGAGUGUAACAUCAUAGGAUACAGUAAGCAUGAACGUAGCAAAAAAAAAA